GCCGAUUGGCAGCUGAGGUCCGGCAACUUGGUUGGUCACGACAGAUAACCGUCCUGAAUGGGAAUGACAGCCAAAUUGGUUUGACAUCACUAAUAAUGCCAGCAGCUACCUUGGGGGCAUUGGGUUAUGGUUACAUGUGGUGGAAGGGUCUAAAAUUCUCAGAUCUUAUGUAUGUGACAAAGCGUAGUAUGACUGCUGCUAUUUUAAACUUGCAUACACAUCUGGAGAGCGUGACAGAGGCUAUUGCUAACACAAAGAAGCACCUGACAAAGAGAGUCCAGAAUUUGGACGAUAAAUUGCUGGAGCAGAAAGAGAUCUCAAAGUCGAUUCUGGAGAAUGUUGGUGAUACGAAAGGAAGUAUUGAGGAACUUUACGUUACCGUGACUGAGUUGCAAAGUGCGCUUACUGGUUUGGAUUACAAGCUAGGUUCCAUUUCAGAAAAGCAGGAUGUUUCAAAUCUUGGUGUUUUCUACCUCGUCAACUUUGUUGAGGGAAAACAAGUUGAAAUGCCUCAGCAGGUUUGUACCUGUCAGUGUAUGGAUUUAAAUGUGUUAUUGACUCUUCAACUUUCAUAAUAUUUUUAUAUUGUGAAAAAUGAA